GUGGAUGACGUCGCUCUCACGUGACCAAGAGCUGACGUGUGCAGAAGUCCUUCUUGUCCUGGUCGUUGUUCCCGUCUGAGUACCAGCUCCCUAUUACCCUGAGGGCGGGCGGGCCUGCAGCUGAGGCAAGAAGGAGGAGGAAAAGAAAUUGUCCCGGAUCCCUGUAGUCUUUCCGUAGGUUGUGGUACCACGCCAGGCAAGAGAAGAGGAAGGAAAUUAACCAGAUCGGUGAAGGUCGAUUUGAGGGUCUGCUAUAGCAGGUGGCAUCGCUUGAAGCAAGGGAGGAACUUUCCCUGGAUCAGUAAAGACCAGAAAGAUUGUUGGGCGUGGCAAUACCUCACAGAAAAGGAAGAAGGGUGCAAACUGCUUGUUUCCAGGAGGUUCGUCUCCAGAACCAGUUACACUGGCCUUGAAGUGACAGAAGAAGGUCAUUCUCCACAGGCCUGCACUCAGGCCCGAAGCCCUCUUCCCCUCUUUUGAGUGACUACUCUAUUUCUUUGUCCCUGCUGUCGUCAGGGACGAUUGCAUGGGCUACGCCAGGAAAGUAGGCUGGGUGACUGCAGGCCUGGUGAUUGGGGCUGGAGCCUGCUACUGCAUUUACAGAUUGGCCCGAGGAAGAAAGCAGAACAAGGAGAAAAUGGCUGAGGGUGGCUCUGCUGAUGUGGAUGAUGCUGGGGACUCUUCUGGGGCCAGGUAUAAUGACUGGUCUGAUGAUGAUGAUGACAGUAAUGAGAGCAAGAGUAUAGUUUGGUACCCACCUUGGGCCCGGAUUGGCACUGAAGCAGGGACCAGAGCUAGAGCCAGGGCCAGAGCCAGGGCUACGAGGGCUAGGAGAGCUGUGCAGAAAAGGGCUUCUCCUAAUUCUGAUGAUACUGUUUUGUCCCCUCAAGAGUUACAGAAAGUACUUUGUUUGGUUGAGAUGUCUGAAAAGCCUUAUAUUCUUGAAGCAGCUUUAAUCGCUCUAGGUAAUAAUGCUGCUUACGCAUUUAACAGAGAUAUUAUUCGUGAUUUGGGUGGUCUCCCAAUUGUUGCAAAGAUUCUCAAUACUCGGGAUCCCAUUGUUAAGGAAAAGGCUUUAAUUGUCCUAAAUAACCUGAGUGUGAAUGCUGAAAAUCAGCGCAGGCUUAAGAUAUACAUGAAUCAAGUGUGUGAUGAUACAGUCACUUCUCGAUUGAACUCAUCUGUGCAGCUGGCUGGCCUCAGAUUGCUUACGAAUAUGACUGUUACUAAUGAGUAUCAGCACAUACUUGCUAAUUCGAUUUCAGACUUUUUUCGCUUAUUUGCAGCAGGAAAUGAAGAAACCAAACUUCAGGUUUUGAAACUCCUUUUGAAUCUGGCUGAAAAUCCAGCCAUGACUAGAGAACUGCUCAGAGCUCAGGUGCCAUCUGCACUGGGCUCCCUCUUUAAUAAGAAGGAGAACAAAGAGGUUAUUCUCAAACUUCUGAUAGUUCUUGAGAACAUCAAUGACAAUUUCAAAUGGGAAGAAAAUGAGCCUGCUCAGAAUCACUUUAGUGAGGACUCACUUUUUUUCUUUUUAAAAGAAUUUGAAGUGUGUGCUGAUAAGGUUCUGGGAAUAGAAAGUCACCAUGAUUUUCUAGUGAAAGUAAAAGUUGGAAAAUUUGCAGCCAAACUGACUGAGCAGAUGUUCCAAAAAAGCCAAGAAUAACUUGGUGGCUUUGUAGUAGAGCAGCAACACACCUUGUAAACUAUUCCUUUUCUCCUCUUUGUUUAUAUGGCAAAGGAACUCUUUCAGCUGCCAGUUUUGAAUAAUGAACAUCGUACUGUAUCAUUAAUACUGAUAUUUAACCGAGUUUGUCUUCAGGUUUAAGUUGGAUGAAUGACUAUCACUACUUGCCCUGAAAAUAUGUUUGUUGCUUUUUAUCUUGCCGCCUAGAUUGAAAUAUUUUUGCUGUUUCCUCCGCAUAAGUGACAGUGAACCAGUUCAUCUGAAGUAGGCUCCUUUUUGUCAUUUGCAUCAUUUUAUUUGUGCAUCAUCAAUAAAGAUUUAUGUUAAUGCUGGAAAGAAACAACAGAAGAAGAAACUAUCCUGUCCUUUGGUUUAUAAUCUAGUUGUAGAGAUAAGAAACAUACAUACAUACAUACA